GCCCGUCCGCAGCUGAGGGCACGUGUGGGGGGCAGCUGUUCGGAUUGGUCAAAGGGAGCGCACGCCAGAGAGGCCAGAGCUCUCCCCCGUUAGCUUUGCCUUCUCGUCGGACUUGCAACUUCACCCUGGGCCGCUUCCAGCCAUGAAGCUCCUUUGGGUGAUUUUGACUGCACUGCUGCUCUUGUCCCAGCUCACUCCAGGUGGCACCCAAAAAUGCUGGAAUCUUCAUGGGAAAUGCCGCCGCACGUGCUCCAAGAAGGAAAAGAUGUAUGUUUACUGCACAAAUAGUAAACCAUGCUGUGUGAAGUUCAAGUUCCAGCCGAAAAUACAAAGGCCAUGGUCACUCUGAGUUCUGUGAGGCCUGAAGCCGUAAUAAAAAUGCAGAUGAAGCUAUUCUGCGACUGACCCACCCCCCCUAGGAUCCCUGAGAUCAAUAAACACCUCUGGCCCUGAA